UUUUUUUAGUUGGUUAAGUUUUUCAAACUUUUCUUCUUAAUUUAAGAUUCUUCUGCUUUCAAAAAAAUGAUUCUUCUGGUUUUUUCUUAAAAAAAAUAUCGACCGUUUGAUUGUCUUCUUCUUCCCAUUAAGAAAUAAAAACAGCUUUCUGGUUAUAUCAAAUUCUGCUAUUCCAAUCUUAAAAGCUAUUUUUCGAAAACAUCUUUAUAGAGAUAAAGAGGGAGUAGAGAGUGACUGGAGCAUGUAGACUCAAUGUCGUAGAUCAAGCUUUUGUGGGUAUUUCCCAUUGUUGAGAAACAUCUCCAGGUAGCAGUUCCUAGAGAGAGAUUUGUAUUUAGAUUUGUGAGUUUUCCCUUCUUUUUUGAGGCAGAGAGAUUUGAAGAUCAAACUAUCGUGGCUGCUUUCUGGAGAGAAAAAAAGAGCAAGGUUCUUGUAUCUGAAUCUUAAAGGUUUGGGUCUUGUUAAUUUCAGUUCUCUCCUGCUGUGAUUGUCGGUGCGAGCCGUGUUGGUUUUGAAAUCAUCAUGGUUGAAGAUGAUGGACAUGGUGUUCUGGCCAAAACAUUAUCCGCCGAAGAGUGGCUAUCACGAGUCCAAGAGCUUGUUCCAGUGGCAUUGGUGAAGGCAAGGGUGGUUAAGGGGUUCCUCGGUAGGUGGAAGAUGAUAAUUUCGAAACUGGAGCAGAUCCCAUCACGUUUAUCGGACUUGUCAAGCCAUCCUUGUUUCUCAAAGAAUGCUCUUUGUGAGGAGCAAUUGCAGGCAGUUUCAAGGACACUGAACGAAGCAAUUGAAUUGGCAGAGCUGUGUGUAAAAGAGAGAUAUGAAGGGAAGCUUCGGAUACAGAGCGAUCUUGACGCCUUAUCGGGGAAGCUGGACUUGAAUUUACGAGAUUGCGGGCUUUUGAUCAAAACCGGGGUGCUUGGUGAGGUUACAUUGCCUUCUGCAGUGGCUAGAACUUCUGCAGAACCCGAAAAUGGGGGACAUAGCAAUAUAAGAGAAUUGCUUGCUCGUCUUCAGAUCGGGCACUUGGAGGCUAAGCACAAAGCAAUUGAUGCCCUUGUUGAGGUAAUGAAAGAGGAUGAAAAAAAUGUUUUGGCCGUUUUAGGAAGGAGCAAUAUUGCGGCUUUGGUCCAAUUGCUUACUGCAACUUCACCCCGAAUCAGAGAAAAGACUGUCACGUUAAUCUGCUCACUUGCAGAAUCUGGGAGUUGUGAGAAUUGGCUUGUGUCAGAAGGUGUUCUUCCACCUCUUAUAAGGCUUGUGGAGUCUGGUAGUGCAGUAGGUAAAGAGAGGGCUACAAUUUCACUUCAGAGAUUGUCAAUGUCUGCAGAAACAGCUCGUUCAAUAGUCGGGCAUGGUGGGGUUCGACCCCUCAUUGAGAUCUGUCAAACUGGUGAUUCUGUUUCUCAAUCCGCGGCUGCUUGUACGCUGAAGAACAUAUCUGCUGUUCCAGAGGUGAGGCAAGCUCUUGCUGAAGAAGGGAUUGUAAAGGUUAUGAUCAAUCUCGUCGAUUGUGGAAUUUUAUUGGGAUCUAAAGAAUAUGCUGCUGAAUGCUUGCAAAAUCUCACCUCUAGCAAUGACAAUCUCCGAAAGUAUGUUGUUUCAGAAGGUGGAAUUCGAAGCCUGUUGGUUUAUCUUGAUGGUCCAUUGCCACAAGAAACUGCGGUUGAGGCGUUAAGAAAUUUGGUUGGUUCAGUCUCGAUGGAAGUUUUGGUUUCACUUGGUCUGCUUCCGAGGUUGGUUCAUGUGCUGAAAUCCGGAUCAUUGGGUGCACAGCAAGCGGCUGCAUCAGCAAUUUGCCGGGUUUGCAGUGCUGCAGAAAUGAAGAAAUUGGUGGGCGAAGUGGGAUGUAUUCCUCUACUUAUCAAGAUGCUGGAGGCUAAAGCAAAUGGUGCAAGAGAGGUUGCUGCACAAGCCAUUUCAAGCCUGGUCAGUCUUUCACAGAAUCGUAGAGAGGUUAAAAGGGAUGAUAAAAGCGUGCCAAAUUUGGUCCAAUUGCUCGACCCAAAUCCUCAAAACACCGCGAAAAAAUAUGCAGUUUCCUGCCUUUCCUCGCUCUCCUCGAGCAAGAAGUGUAAGAAACUGAUGAUUUCUUAUGGAGCAAUUGGUUAUCUCAAGAAGCUUAGUGAGAUGGACAUUCCGGGUGCCAAGAAGCUUCUCGAGCGUUUGGAAAGAGGGAAGUUGAGAAGUUUGUUCGGCAGAAAAUAAGGGAAGUUUUUAGAGUCCUUGUUGUACAAUGAAUAUAUAUCUUGUAAUGUUAUGAUCUUUGUUUCAUAAUCUGUAUGAAACAAAGUAGCAAACGGUAUGGAACUGGACGCUCAAGCUUGCUAAUCUACAAUCAAUAUUUCAUCAUCUAAUCCAAAGUGUUUCUGUCAGUAUCGUCCAUUGCUCGAAAAAUGAUCAGGUACUUAUCGAUUUAACGAAUAUUUUUGUAGCUCUAAAUCCAAAUUAUAUACAUUUGGAACUCCAUGGAUAAGUUUACUGUUAUAUUUGUUACCAUGUCUUCAUUUUUUCUUGAAGAUUCUUCAUCUGGUUGAUGUGUCUAUAUUGCUUUGAAAGACAGAUUUGAGAAAUGCCAUUCAGCAGUAUGAGAGAACACAUCAUCCACCAAUAACAAUGUUAGGCUCUGUGCAUCUAAGACUGUUAAUCGAGCCGAG